UGUGCAGCUGGAAUUCCCGGCAUCCCUGGAAUCCCGGGACCCGCGGGUCCAGCGGGAUCACCUGGAAAUAAUGGACCUCAAGGACCCAAGGGUACACGUGGAUACAAAGGUGAAGCAGGUCCUCCUGGAGCGCAAGGCCCCGUUGGCCCCAAGGGACCACAAGGACCCUCGGGAAAAGCUGGAACGAAGGGUGAUACAGGUGCUCGAGGUUCCGAAGGUCCAAAGGGGGUUCCGGGACCGUUAGUACGUAAUUGGAAACAGUGCGUUUUUCCGAAACUGGCCGACGGCAAGGACACUGGAUUGAUUAAGGUAAAAGCUAAGAGGGCACCACCACAGACAUUCGUACUUCCCGACUAGCACUUAAGUAUUCCAGUUUUUGAAUUAAUUAAAUUCUAUAGGGAAUACUUUUAUACGUUUGUGUCCUUUUAAACAUACUUCUAAGUCAAACUGUACGAAAAAUUCUAAACUUAAGUUAAAAAUAUUUUUGCAGAAACUAAAAACGUUACGAUGAAAGUUUCCAAUGUAAAACCACAGGAAUUUGUUUACAGAUGCAAAACGAAACUUAAAAAAACUUACCACCUUUCCUUGGUGCUGUUGGUAGCAUAAUAAACAGUAGCAUAUGAAAGCCUAGUGCUGCUGAAAAGCCAUCGUUUUAAUGGCCAUAUUCAAAGCUUCAUUUUAUUGGUAACAAUACAAGAGUUUGUACAGAUGCAAAGCUUUAAAUAAUCUUGUACUGCUGACAGCAUAAUAAACAGUACCGUAUGAACUGAGUCUAGUGCUGCUGAAGAGCUACUAACUUUUGAAUCAUUCAAAUAUUCAGUACCACAUUUUACUAGAUAAGAAACAAAACCACCGGAAAGUACAGCCCAGUAGCUGUCCGAAGCCUGAAACUGUAACAUCACAGGAUUUCGUCCAGAGGCUCUGCAGAGAGAAUUUCGUCAUUACACCGCCGUCAUUGUUGUUUCUGUUUUUUUUUUUUUUCAACAGGAUUGUGUUUUUGAGAAGAGGUCAGACAGCACAAGUCUGCGGGUCUACUGGAGUGGCCAACUCCGCAUCUAUAACUGCGACGCUUGUUGCAGGCGAUGGUAUUUCACUUUUAAUGGCGCAGAAUGCUCGACACCUGCAGCUAUUGAUGCUACAGUCUAUAUGUAUAAAGGAUCUGGCAGCAGAAAAGAUAAUUUGCACCGUCCACGUCACGUCGAAGGUGUCUGUGAUAAAAUCCACAAAGGCAAGGUGCGCGUGGGAUUUUGGGUUGGCAACUGCGCAGGGUAUGGAAAUGCUGAUGCGUACACAGGCUGGAACUCAGUGUCCCGGAUUUAUGUGGAAGAAAUGCCUCCCCCGCAAGCUGAAAAUUAA